CUGCACCGUCAUGCCGGAGAGACUUGGUGCGAUGGCCAUUGCUGCGGCCGGCGCUUAUGCCGUGACCUCCGGGUUCGUGGUCAGCCAGCCGGCCGCACAGCAGCCAAGCGAGGUGCGCCUGAGGGGUGGCCUGGUGGGCAGUGCUGGCGGCUUCGGUGAGUACCAGUUCGACCCCAUCGGCUUGGCGGAGCGCUACCCCACCCUGCUCCCUUGGUUCCGUGAGUCCGAGCUCAAGCACGGGCGUGUGGCGAUGCUUGCCUUCCUCGGUCUCAUCGUCCCCGAUGUUUUCCGCUUGCCGAUUGAUGCCGCCUCCGACACUUCCAUCGAUGUCAUCGCUGCGCACAACAAGCUCAUUGGUCCCGGCCUGGGCGAGGGACUCAUGUGGAACUUGAUGAUCGUCGUCGGCGCCAUCGAGUCCGUCCGCUUCAAGCAGAUCGGCCUUGGAUUUGAGAACUUGACGCUCGAGAACGCCGGAGAUCUCGGUUUGCGGGGCUUGGAGGGCAUGAAGCUGGUGCGAACCCAGGAGCUUAAGAACGGACGCCUCGCGAUGCUCGCAGUGGGUGGCUGCCUCACUCAGGCCGUGGCCUUUGACGUCCACCACUUCCCCUUCCUGAAGUGA